CAUGGAAGGAAGAAAAAGUAUACAAUUACCCCUCCUUCAAAUUGAUUUAAAUGGGCCGGCUUCAGUCCAAGAUCCCUCUGAGCAUAGCAUGGAACAACAACAGGAGAAAACUGGCACCGAUAUCAUUGAGUCGGGUGGUGCCGUUGCAAUUCUAAACUCUAAUGAUAAUAACGUCGCAACUCUAAACUCUGACGAAAAUAACUUAAUUCAAGCUGAGUCAGGACCAGAAGAAAGUCAUCCCCCAGGGAGAGUACAGAGAAAAAGUAUACAUUGGACAGAUGAUGAACACAAGUUGUUUUUGAAGGGGCUGAAAAAACAUGGAAAGGGACGCUGGAAAGAUAUUUCAAAAGAAUUCGUGGUGACAAAAACUCCAACUCAAAUUGCUAGCCAUGCCCAAAAAUACUUUAUCCACCAAAAUGUGAAAGAUAUAGAGAAGAAGGAGAAAAAGAGAAAAAGUAUUCACGACACAACCUUAAACAAGAAUGACACAUUGGUUACUGUCGCUGUUGAACAGCGAGAUGAGAUUCCUUCAGUUGAGCUACAAAGUGUGAUUCCUCCUCAAGGAAUGCAACAGACACAAACACAACAGAAUGAGAUUUCUCCUAUGUUGUGCUUGCUGCCAAUCAGUUCUACAAUUCCUUCGGUUCAGCAACAAAAUGAGCUUACUCCUGUAGUCACUGCUCCUAUGGAACAACAACAUGAGACUCCUGCCAUCUUAAACAACAAGGACAAUGAAAACUUGCAAACCCAGUUGGUGUUGCUUUAUCCAAUCGGUUCUACACUUCCUGAUAUGAACAAACUUGAGAAGAUGUGCAACUUGUUGGCAAAAGAACUUUGAAUUAGAGGAGUUGUUUUGCAUGAGGGCAGUUUGAUCUUUAGAUAGGUGUCUUUCUUGUUUGAGCUGCUUGUUUUGGUGUAUUAUUCUUUCAUGUAUUUUACUUUACAUGACAAUGUGAUUGUAUAUUUUAGGUCUUUCUUUGUUCAGGUACUUGUUUUGGUGUA